CCCUUGGUGCUGCUGCGGACCACGGGGCCAUGGAGGCCGAGCUGAGCUCUGAGCGCAACGGCCAGGCUCGGGCGCCCGAGGACAGCGCGCGGGCCCUGGCCGAGUUCGCGGCGCUGCACGGCCCGGCGCUGCGGGCCUCGGGCGUCCCGGAGCGGUACUGGGGCCGCCUCCUGCACAAGUUGGAGCACGAGGUUUUUGACGCCGGGGAGAUGUUUGGGAUAAUGCAAGUGCAGGAGGUGGAAGAGGAUGCUGUGGAGGAUGAGGCUGCCGGGGAGGCCCGGAGGAAGCAGCCCAACCCAGGCGGGGAGCUAUGCUACAAGGUCAUCGUGACCAGCGAGAGCGGGCUGCAGGCCUCAGACCCAAACAGCAUCUUCCUCAUUGACCACGCCUGGACGUGUCGCGUGGAGCACGCGCGCCACCAGCUGCAGCAGGUGCCCGGGCUGCUGCACCGCAUGGCCAACCUGAUGGGCAUCGAGUUCCACGGCGAGCUGCCAAGUGCUGAGGCUGUGGCCCUGGUGCUGGAGGAGAUGUGGAAGUUCAACCAGACCUACCAGCUGGCCCAUGGGACGGCGGAGGAGCGCGUGCCUGUGUGGUACAUCAUGGACGAGUUUGGCGCGCGGAUCCAGCACGCGGAUGAGCCCAGCUUCGCCACCGCACCCUUCUUCUACGCACCCCAGCAAGUGGCUUACACCCUGCUGUGGCCCCUGCGGGACCUGGACACCGGUGAGGAGGUGACCCGGGACUUUGCCUACGGAGAGGCAGACCCUCUGAUCCGGAAAUGCAGGCUGCUGCCCUGGGCCCCCGUUGACAUGCUGGACCUCAGCUCCUCCACGCCCGAGCCGCCUGCCGAGUAUUACCAGGCCAUCUUGGAGGAAAACAAGGAAAAACUGCCACUUCCCAUCAGCCCUGCAGUGUACCCCCAUGACCACAUCUUCAAGGUGCACACGGACGUGCAGCAGGUGCUCAGCCACCUCAACCACCCGCGCUUCACCUUCACCCCAAGCGAGGCCGACGCCGACAUCCUCUUCAACUUCUCUCACUUCAAGGACUACAGGAGGCUCAGCCAGGAGCGGCCACGCGUGCUGCUGAACCAGUUCCCUUGCGAGAACCUGCUGACGGUGAAGGACUGCCUGGCAUCUGUGGCUCGCCGGGCAGGCGGCCCUGAGGGGCCCCCCUGGCUGCCCCGCACCUUCAACCUGCACACCGAGCUACCCCAGUUCGUCAGCUAUUUCCAGCAGCGGGAGAGGCGGGGUGAGGACAACCACUGGAUCUGCAAGCCCUGGAACCUGGCCCGCAGCCUGGACACGCACAUCACCAAGAGCCUCCACAGCAUCAUCCGGCACCGCGAGAGCACCCCAAAGGUUGUGUCCAAGUACAUCGAGAGCCCCGUCCUGUUCCUCCGAGAGGACGUGGGCAGCGUCAAGUUCGACAUCCGCUACAUUGUGCUGCUGCGCUCCGUGACGCCACUCCGGGUGUUUGUGUAUGACGUCUUCUGGCUGCGGUUCUCCAACCGGCCCUUUGCACUCAGCGACCUGGACGACUAUGAGAAGCACUUCACUGUCAUGAACUAUGACCCGGAAGUGGUACUGAAGCAGGUGCACUAUGACGAGUUCAUCCCUCAGUUUGAGAAGCAGUAUCCGGCGUUUCCCUGGAGCAGUGUCCAGGCUGAGAUCUUCCAGGCCUUCGCCAAGCUUUUCCAAGCCGUGUGCGCCAAGCCGCCCCCCCUGGGCCUGUGCGACUACCCUUCGUCCCGGGCCAUCUACGCCAUUGACCUCAUGCUCAAGUGGGACAGCCAUCCCAGUGGGAAGCGCGUGAUGCAGCCGCAGAUCCUGGAGGUAAACUUCAACCCUGACUGCGAACGGGCCUGCCGCUACCACCCCACCUUCUUCAACGACGUCUUCAGCGCCUUGUUUCUUGACCAGCCUGCCGGCUGCCAUGUCACCCCCCUCCUCUAGUCCCCCCGCCCUCUGGGCAGAGCCGUGGCGAGCAGGGGUGUCGGCAGGGCUGGGCGCUGCAGCCCGCUCUACUCUACCUGCAGCCGCCGCCGCCGCCUCCACCUCCACCGGGAGCUUUAUUUUUCUAGUAGUAAUGUUGCUGUUACCGUUGAGGUACUGUGCCCAGGCGUCCACUGGGGCUUACGCCUGACAUCUCAGGACGGUUCCCAGAGGUGCCACGGGAGCCUCUUCCCUGAGUGGCUCCCCACAGGCGCCCAGACCAGGACUUGGGUGCGGCUCCCAUCUUCGGGAGGCCAGCCACAGUUCUGCGUGCUGCGUGCUGCGUGACGCCGCGUCUGCCGUCCCCCAGCCCUGACGGGCAUGUGCUCUGGGGCGGGCAGGCGGGCAGGGGCACCAGCAUCGGCACCGGGAAGACAGGGCCCAGGAGAACUUUACGUUAAAGCAGAAGCUGUCUUCCACCAGUGUCUGUCAAACUGCAGGAGUUUCCAUGGAUGUAAAGUUCUAGUUUUUUCCAA